AGAAAGUGGUGCCACCUUCCCGGAGUCCUGGGAACGAAUAAAUUUGGCUGCCAUACUGGGGAUUUUUUCUACUUUCUCCAAUUUAUAGCUAAAAUAGGAUUUCAAAAGAGAGCUUUCAUUUGUGAUCCUUUGAAACUUUUAUAAAUAUGAACCUACAGUCGUGGGAGAGUGACUUGUGUCGUAGACAUCUGACUUGUUUCACGCCACACUGACACUGACAACGGUUGAGUCGGGUUGACUGAAAAUGAAAGUUGAAAUUAUAUUUUCAAGUUGGUCUGUUGGUGAUUUGAAAAAUAUCGGCAAAAAAGCUAGAAGUUCCCGAACAUCGUGUGAAUCCUGAAAAAAGUCCUGGAGACAGACAAGGAAGUAAUCUACAUCUUUGACCGCAGGGUUACCUUCUUGGUAAGGGCUUGACGACCCCUCGGAACCCAGUCAACGAUGGCAGUUGUCAUCUGUCAUUUUAAUCACUUGACACACUAGACUUUAAUACAAACACUUGAAUUUUUUAUUCAUGCACUUGCCUCUACUUUGUGGGCUUAAUGCGAAAUGAAUGACACAUUUAUUACUUAACUCGCAAAAACUAAUAACAAAGUCAUAAUGCUGGGGGAAAAUAGGACAAAAGCAUUGCUAGCAAAAACAGCUCUAGCAAAAACAGCUGGGGAAAUAACAACAACUACUACAACAGCAGCAGCGACAACAAAAAACAACAAGAAGCAUUACACUACAAGUAAUGUAUUGAAGCAAUCUUUGUAAACAUAACAUAACAUUUUACAGACAUUGACAACUUUGUCUAAAAUUGCAUGGCUUAUAAUGCAUUCAAAUUAUCAAAUGGCACUAACAAGAGCUACCAUGAAAAGACUGAGACUACAAAACACGAACAUUUUUGACAUACAUGCACAUACAGAAACAACCUGGCAAAAACAAGAAGCGAGCAAAGAAAGACUAUUGAAUGACUCUCACGAGACAAGUGAACCUGUGAAACUUUCAUAAAGAUUGGCAAUGACUUGAUUUCUUACAUUUAACAAAGGGCUUGAAAUGGAUUUGCAAUUCAUUGGAAUUUGUUUUGGCUGAUCAAAGAAAUAAUCAAUUCAAUCUAUUGCACAACACCAAAUCACCAUUUUCUUGUUGAAAAAUUAUGAAAAUUUCCAUCAAGAAUGCUAGUACUGACAUCAUGAUUCGGAGAUACUAACAUGAACAGACGUUUUAAACGAUGAUGAUGAUGAAGAUGAUGAACAAGAAGCUUUUGGCUUUUAAUGUAUUCUACAUAUUGAAGACUUGAAAACUUGACUCAACAUAAACACAUUUCACAAACAGAAAAAUUUCAUUGAUUGAAGAUGAAGUGAAGAAGAAGAAAAAAAUAUACAGUAAUUGCAAGAAUUUUGUUGUGAUGAUUCAAAUUCGUGUUAUUUUUAUGUUUCAAUUUUCAUAAUUUUGUACACAUUUUCAUGUCGUAAUGCAAAGUAAAAUUAAUUUGUGUAUGAUUAUCAAUGCAUGCUUACCUUUUUUUGUUUUUGAAUCAUCUUCAACAAAAUUUCUUGCAUUAUUGAUAAUUAUGGACUAACUACCACUGACAUGACUUGACCUUAACAAAUCUCUGAUAUUAUGUGUCUCAUGAUUAUAUAUGGUGAGAAUAGUAAUUUUGACAAAGUAAAUGAGGAAAUAGUCAAGCGAAGUUAAAUUGUCAAACUUUAUUGAUAAUGACAUAUGUAGCAGCUAAUGUCUCCUGUAAUUAGUUCUUGUAAAUGAUAGGAGUUGACAUGAUGUAAAAACUGCCUGGGGCUGUGUUGGUCUAAUAAAUUGUGGAAAGUGAUCAUGUGGAGAAAGUUUUUUUAUUCUUUGUGUGUACUUCAAAUAAUGUUUACGGACUUUGUUAGGAUUAGGUAAUAAUUACACAUGCAUGAUGUGGAUUCUCUCUGAUGGUCACGCUAAACUCACAUGACACAUAAUUUGGUGAAUUAAAUUCACCAAAUUUGGUGUGUUAAUUAAACUUGUGAAAGAAGCCUUUUCAUUGAUAUUGAAGUAAAUUCAAAAAUUCAUAAAAAUUCCGUCGCUUUUGUCGUUUAGUGCUGGGGAAUGUAAAAAUUGAUAUGAUUAUGCGGAUUACGUCAUAAUAUAGGCAUAUUAGCUUUGUGCGCAUGCUCCAUUAAAUUAAUUGUAAAUCUUACAUGACAAAAAUAAUAAUAAUGGAAUCUUAUGGCGAGUAAACGAAAUUCAUUUUUCUAUCUUUGCGUUUGUUUUUCCAAGGUAAUAAUGACAUUCGAUGACGGCUUUUCUCUUUAAGAACUUCCCAUGAGACAUACGUAAGCGUCUGCUGUCGGGGAAAACCAGAAAGAACUCAAAGAAGUAGAUUGUGUGAACAAGUUGUGUUGACAUUUUCAGUAUGUUCACAGUUUUGUGAUAUUGUUAUAUCUAUUGCAAAUGGUGCGAUAUUUCUCGGGACAGGUUAGUUAAUAACAAACUGUCUUGAAAUUCGUUCUUUUUGAAAUGUGAAAGGAAAUAGACGACGAUAAAAUGCCAAAGAUUGAUCCAAGUGCUAGGUGGUCGUGUAGCUAUUGUACGUACGACAACUUCCCCGCUGCUAUUAAAUGUACAUUGUGUUCACGCAAACGAGGUGAAAGCCAUUUUAAUGAAAGGCAAAAUGACUUGAUAGAAGAGGAUACACGGCUUCCUGUUUCGUCUGGCGAAAGCGAUGAUUUACUUCAAGGACGAUGGGCAUGUUCAUCUUGCACUUACCUUAAUUGGGAAAAUUCCUUAAAGUGUGUCAUGUGCAAAAGUGAACGACCAAAUGAUUUUGCUCCUCCCUCUCAAACGAUCAACUCACUGGAAAUAAAGCAAGCCGAGGAACAUAAUAUUACUGCUAAUAACAACGAAAAAAACAAGUCAAUUUCAAAAAAUGGGCAAAAAUGGAUAUGUCCAAGAUGUACUUUUGAGAAUUGGAAUAAAUCUAAGAAAUGCUCAUUGUGCUUCUGUCCCAAGACAAAGACUGAUGAAUCAGCUAUUUUAAAGACAAAAAACUCACAGAAUGUGUUAAAUGUAAAAAACAGUGGCCGGCAGAGAUCUAUAUCAAGCUUUAGUGAAGCUAUAAUGCAGUCAAUUGCUAACGAGGACGAAGAGCAAAUAAUCUAUGGUCUUGCAACAACCAACAUCUCUAAAAUGUCUCAAAUUAAGAAUAACUUGAAAGAGUCCGAUUGGAUGUGGCUAAGUGCUUGUAUAGCUGUUGUUGAAGGCGAACCUUCAUCUGUCAAAUUAUACUUGUCAUCGGGAGGUAGUGCAACUAGAAAGUUAACAACUGAUGAAUUAUUGGUGUUGAAUCGCCCUGGAGUGUUUGAAGUGGGUGAUACUUUGGUACAUUUGGCUGUUAGACAUCAUCAUGAUGAUCUACUUGCACUUAUGCUGCCUCAAGAAGUUUCUCGAAAAGCAUUUAAGAGAAUGCCAUGCCACGUAAGCCCUGAUCUUGCUGCAAGUGUACGUAAGCAAGCAAUGCAAGGGUUGAGACAGCGAAAAGCAGACUGGCCAUGUUAUUUCUAUACUGAUUUGGUGACUUUCACUUUACCUGGAGAACUUCAAAACUUUCCUGGUGCAAUUCAACAGUACUCACUUGAUGAAAUUGUUGAUCAGAAUGCGCAGAGAGUUUUGGAACUGGAAUCUAUAAUCAAUUGGAGUGUGGAGAUCACUAAUCAAUUGGAUAGUCGCAUUUAUGCAUUGUGGAACAGAUCAGCCGGAGAUUGUCUGUUAGACUCAAUAUCUCAAGCAACUUGGGGUAUAUUUGAUCGUGAAGGCACACUUAGAAAUGCAUUGUACAUUAGUUUAAGCGAAUGCUCAACCAGAUUUUUUCCUCGUUGGAAAGAAUGGGAAGAAAUGCAAGCAACAAACAUGCAGUUUACAUUGGAUGAAGAUCAAUGGGAUCAGGAUUGGGCAUCGGUCCUCUCCCUUGCGAGUCAGUCUGGUGCAUCUUUAGAGCAGAUGCAUGUGUUUGCCCUCGCACACAUCAUUCGAAGGCCUAUCAUAAUAUAUGGUGUGAAAUUUGUUCGUAGUUAUCGUGGCGAAACAUUGGGAUUAGCUCGAUUUCAAGGUGUUUACUUACCAUUAUUAUGGGAAAAGAGUUUCUGUUGGAAGAGUCCGAUUGCUCUGGGAUACACCAGAGGGCACUUUUCUGCAUUAGUUGCCAUGGAGACUGAACAACGCUGUGCAGUUGGUGCGGGUGCUCAUAUUGAGAACAGUGAUGAUUGCCAUGUGACAUAUUUACCCCUUGUUGAUAACGAGUUUAAUUUACUUCCUGUGCAUUUUCUCAAGGGUGCGGAGCUUGGCAACGAGGAUAAACUGUUACGCGAGUGGCUGGACUGUCAUAUCACCAACACUGGUAUAUUGGUUGCUGAGCAACAAGCUACGCCUGCCCCAGCGCUUGUUAGUCAGCUGAUGGACGAGUGGUUGGAUAGAUAUAGAAAAAUGAACAAAGACAUGGGUACGGAAAGACGGACCAAAUAAAUGGCAUUUUUUAUAGUUUAUCCCGAAGUAGGUAGGAAUAUGAUUUGUGUGAAAUUUAAUCGUUUGAAAACUCUUUGCAUUUAAAUAAUACAUCAGAGUUUUCUUUUUAAAAUGUUUUUGCCGUUAAAUAUCAUAAGAUAGGAUGUGUUUUCUCUCAUGUUUUGCUAACUGUGACCGCAACGGUAGUCUUAACCAACCAACAUACCUAUAUGUUUUUUUUGUGCCUUUUACAGUCUUCUUAAAAUGGCGUGUUUUAAAACAUGUGCCCUUUGUAUUGACUUGCAGUCUUUUUUUUUUUGAAGAGUUUAUAGUUUACCUAAUUUGAAAAGUUCUUUUAGGAUUUAACAUUGUAAAUAAAUAGGUUUCUCAAAUGGCAAAA